UUCUAUUUUAAAGUAUUAUUUCUGGCAUAAAUUAAGUGAUUUUCGGUCUUUUAUUUGUUGUUUAUUUUUUUUUUUUUUUUUUUUUCUAAUAGGUUGGAGUAAAGAGAGAGGAUUUCUUGUAUCUACCUUUGUUUCUUUUGCUUGGCUUUUACCUUGUUUGGUUGAUGCAUGUGAGAGUGAUCGACUCUCAAAUCAUGCUCUUUUGACUUUACUUUUAAUACAAUGAAUGUUAGCUAGUGUUCACUUAUGGAGCACACCUUAGAGGACGCGAGUGGGUUGUCAAAAAGUGAAUUUUCUCCAUCUUAAUUUGCGCCAUUAGAUCUGUAAAUCUACCUUACACCCAGUUGGUUUUAAUUUGAACAGUGUUUGCUAUGUUUGGUCACCUCCAUCGUUUGCUCUCCUCCUUGUCCUUAUGGAUGCAUGUUUGUGGUUUUUGGUCUUUUUUUCCGGUUGCAUAUGGCUUGAUUUGUUUCUGUUUUGUUUCUGUUUUGUUUCUUCAACUCUUAGGGCUUUAGUUAGUUGAGCAUGGCCACAAUUAGCUACGAUCGAAAGAGCUUUCUUAGCCAUUCAUAGCCUUUGGCUCCAAGUGAUGGACAUACCCAUAGAGGCAGAACAUCGUUUCUGCUUGUUUUCACCGGAUUUUUCUAUCUAGUUCAAAUUUGUUGUCCGACAGGGCUUCUAGGUUCUUAGUUGGGCUUCAGGUUGGAUUAUUUUCUUCUGACCUAGAGGCUGCUAAUUUGUUGCAUUGGGCCAACUGGAUUUGGGUUUGUACUAAUUUUCCAUAUUCAAUAAAAUUUUAUUGCCUUCCAACCAAAAAAGAAAAUUAUGAUAUGAACCCUAACCUAGGAUAAUUUUACACUUUCAAACUAUACAUUCCUAAUAAAUUUGUAAGGACAAUAAAAAAAAUUAUAAACUCAAUAUCUCUCUACUUACUAAAACUUAAAAGCAAAGGACGACUAACCAAGCAAACUCCUUAAAUGUACAUCAAAACAAGGACAUGACAGUAUCAAGAUGUGUGCCCAUAUCAAGCUCAUGCUGAGGGUCGGCAAAGGAUACAAUCAUUUUUCAGAAAAUUCAAUACCCUUAUCCUCUAUUCAAUCAUGUGUAGAACUAGACAACCACCAGCACAAGUGAAUAACAAACAAAGAAACUAAGUAGAAGAGAAUGGAAUCAGAGAAUCAGGACAAGAAAAGGCUGUGGACAGAGGAAGAAGACAAGAUUCUCGUAGACUACGUAAAGAUUCAUGGGAAGGGACGAUGGAAUCAUAUUUCUAAGAAGACGGGCUUAAGGAGAUGUGGGAAGAGCUGCAGGUUAAGGUGGCUGAAUUACCUAAGCCCAAACGUGAAGCGAGGGAACUUUACUGAGGAAGAAGAAGAUGUUAUUAUUAGACUCCACAAUCUCCUUGGAAACAGGUGGUCAUUGAUUGCCAAGAGGGUGCCUGGGAGAACAGACAACCAAGUAAAAAAUUACUGGAACACCCAUCUGACCAAAAAGCUAGCUGCAAAAGAUCAAAAUGGCAGGCUCAGCAUCAAACAACAAAGUAGCAAGGUUGCUGUUACAAGCUCAACAAUCUCCAAGGUAGCUACAAAUUCAGGAUUUAGUGAAGGGACAGCCACUGAUCAAAUUACAGUGGAUAUUGAGAUUCAGAGAGACACUCAAGUCUCAGAUUUACAUGGAUUGACCUUCAUGGAUAGUUAUGCAAACCCUUUCUGGCAUUACUAUGAUCCUCUAGAGCUCACUACACUUGGAAAUGAGUUCUUGGAUGGGUAUUCUUUUGAUCAUGCUUGAUAAUAUUUGAUAAUAUUCUUGGAUGGUUGGACAUGAGUUCUUAAAUUUGAAGAAACUAUGAUUAUAAUUUUUAAUUAAAAGAUUAUUCAAAGACUAAUUAGUAUGUAAUUGGCUUAGUUAGAUGCUGAAGAGGGAACAAAACAUGGGUUGGACCAGUCAAGAAAUUCCAAUUCUUGAUAAAAAGGGUCAUAAAUCUACAAAACCCAUUUCAUAUAUUGAUUAUUUCAACUAACAGAAGUGAAGAGAUUGUCCUCAUCUUAGCAGGAAUGACCUCUAUGCAAUGCCCUAGAGCUUCCAAUGAAGUAUGGUGGCCACAUCUUUUACCUAACAACCAACAACAACAGCAAAAUGCACUAGUGAAUAAGGUCUAUCAGAGCAGCUUUUGAUCAAUCAUGACACCCAAAAAAACUU